AGUAAAUUUUCCACAACAGGAAAAACAAUUUUUUUCCACUCUACCCUUCAAAAAAAGAGAAGCAUUUUUCUUCUCUUUUCCACCUAUUCCUCUCUUAAACCCUAGCACCUAAAAUUUCGAUACUGAGAUCCAAGCUUUCUCGCAAAUUGAAACUCUUUGAAUCUUCACUUAAUAUCUGUAUUUGAGGCAAACUUUGCAUAUGUUCUGGAAUGGCUAACAAUUCUCAACCCUCUAGUGCCCAGCCACAUUGGCCUCCUGCAGUUGGAUCCAUGGGUCCCCAAAGUUAUGGCUCUCCGUUAUCUUCACAGUUUCGACCAGUGGUCCCAACGCAGCAAGGGCAACACUUUGUUCCAGCUGCUUCCCAACAGUUUCGGCCUGUUGGGCAGGUUCCUUCUCCAAAUAUUGGGAUGCCAGCUGUUCAAAAUCAGCAGAUGCAGUUUUCUCAGCCAAUGCAGCAGUUUCCACCCCGGCCAAAUCAGCCUGGUCUUUCUACACCUUCACAACAGCCAAUACAGGUACAAUAUGGUCAAACAAACAGGCCUCUUACAUCUGAACCACCUCAGUCACAUCAAUCUGCACCUCCUUUGAAUAGUCAUAUGCCUGGUGUAGGAGUCCCUGGAGUGCCCCCUUCAUCAUAUGGUUUUGCGCCAUCUUCUUUCGGCUUGCCACAGAACAAUGUCAGUGCACCAUCGCAGUUUCACCCUAUAUCUCAAGUGCAUGCACCUGUUGCCCCAGUUGCAGGGCAACCUUGGUUGUCAACUGGAAAUCAGAAUGUUUCACUUGCUACACCAACACAGCAUACUAGCCAACAACCUCCACCUUCUUCUGCUGAUACAAAUGCAAAUGUUCCUAGCCUUACUCCGCAAUCUUCUGAUUGGCAAGAGCAUACAUCAGCUGAUGGAAGAAGAUACUAUUACAACAAAAGGACAAGGCAAUCUAGUUGGGAAAAGCCUCUGGAACUGAUGACACCAAUAGAGAGAGCUGAUGCAUCCACUGUUUGGAAGGAAUUUACAACUCCAGAGGGAAGAAAGUAUUACCACAACAAGGUUACAAAGGAGUCUAAGUGGACAAUACCUGAGGAGUUGAAGUUAGCUCGUGAGCAAGCUCAAGCAGCAAGUAGCCAAGGUACCCCAUCAGGUUCUGGAGUGGCUCCUCAAGCUCCAGUUGCUACUGCUGUCUCUGCAGCUGAGACACCUACUACAGCUAUUCCUGUGAGCUCCAACACUUUGCAGGAUUCAAGCCCAGUUUCAGUUACGCCUGUUGCUAAUCCUUCACCUACUUCAGUAUCUGGACCAACAACAGGUCCUGUUGCACAAUCAGCUGCUAUGAGUGCAACUGGGGUUCAACUCCCUGUUGUGUCUGUCACACCUGUACCUGCAGUCCCCUCCAGAGGUUCCACUGUCUCUGCUCCUUCUGUCGGUGCUACCACAGCAGUCACAAGAAGCUCGGAAACUACAGCAACUCAAGACACUAUGCAUUUUGCAGAUGGAGCUUCUGCUCAGGACAUUGAGGAAGCUAAAAAGGGGAUGGCAACAGCUGGAAAAGUUAAUAUGACUCCGGUGGAAGAGAAGGUUCCAGAUGACGAGCCUUUAGUAUAUGCAAAUAAGCUGGAGGCAAAAAAUGCUUUCAAAUCACUCCUUGAAUCUGCAAAUGUGCAAUCUGAUUGGACUUGGGAGCAGACAAUGAGAGAAAUAAUUAAUGACAAAAGGUAUGGUGCUCUGAAGACACUUGGUGAACGGAAGCAAGCCUUUAAUGAGUAUUUGGGUCAAAGAAAGAAAUUAGAGGCUGAGGAAAGGCGCAUGAGACAGAAGAAAGCUCGAGAAGAGUUUACAAAGAUGUUGGAAGAGUCCAAGGAACUAACAUCAUCAAUGAGAUGGAGCAAAGCUCAAAGUUUGUUUGAAAAUGAUGAACGGUUUAAGGCUGUUGAACGAGCCAGAGAUCGGGAAGAUCUCUUUGAAAACUAUAUAGUGGAUCUUGAGAGGAAGGAAAGGGAAUAUGCUGCAGAGGAAAAAAGGCGGAAUAUAGCAGAAUACAGGAAAUUUCUGGAAUCCUGUGAUUUUAUUAAGGCAAACAGCCAGUGGCGGAAAGUUCAAGAUCGCUUAGAGGAUGAUGAAAGAUGCUCACGUCUUGAAAAAAUUGACCGCUUGCUCAUAUUCCAGGACUACAUUCAUGACUUGGAGAAGGAAGAAGAGGAAAAAAAGAAGAUGCAAAAGGAACAACUGAGACGUGCUGAGCGCAAAAACCGUGAUGCAUUUCGUAAGCUAAUGGAAGAACACGUUGCCGAUGGCACUCUUACGGCUAAAACUUAUUGGCGAGAUUAUUGUUUGAAGGUGAAAGAAUUGCCUCAGUAUCUUGCUGUUGCAUCUAACACAUCAGGUUCAACUCCAAAAGAUUUGUUUGAGGAUGUUGCUGAAGAAUUAGACAAACAGUAUCAUGAACACAAAACCCGCAUAAAAGAAGCAAUGAAGACAGGGAAGGUUACUAUGGUUUACUCAUGGACAUUUGAAGACUUCAAGGCUGCUAUUUCAGAAGAUGUUGGUUCCUCAUCGAUAUCGGAUAUUAACUUAAAGCUUGUGUAUGAUGAGCUGCUCGAGAGAGCCAAGGAGAAGGAGGAGAAAGAGGCUAAAAAACGUCAACGUCUAGCCGAUGAUUUCACUAGACUAUUACAUACAUAUAAGGAGAUAACCGCUUCUUCUGACUGGGAAGAAUCGAAACCACUUUUUGAAGAAAGCCAAGAAUACAGAUCAAUUGCGGAAGAAAGCUUUAGGAGAGAGAUCUUUGAGGAAUACAUUACACACUUACAGGAGAAAGCUAAAGAAAAGGAGCGUAAACGAGAGGAGGAAAAGGCUAAAAAGGAGAAAGAUAGAGAAGAGAAAGAUAAACGGAAAGAGAAGGAGAAGGAGAGAAAGGAGAAGGAAAGAGAACGGGAGAGGGAAAAAGGUAAAGACCGAAGUAAAAAAGAUGAAACAGAUAGUGAGAAUUUAGAUAUAUCUGACAGCCACGGCCAUAAAGAGGAGAAGAAAAAGGAGAAGGAAAAAGACAGGAAACACCGUAAACGACAUGCUGCUGAUGAUGGGAGUUCUGACAAGGAUGAUAGAGAGGAGUCAAAGAAGUCUCGUAGACAUGGUAGCGACCGUAAGAAAUCUAGAAAGCAUGCUCACUCACCCGAUUCUGACAGUGAAAGCCGACAUAGAAAACACAAGAGAGAUCACCGUGAUGGCUCACGCCGAAACAGUGGUUACGAGGAGCUGGAAGAUGGCGAACUCGGUGAGGAUGGUGAAAUCCAGUAGUGUUUCCUAUUCUCAUCCAAAAAGCUAAGUAAACAAAGUUGGGAAAUAAACUAGUACUUCAAUGAUUUUACUGCUACAUUGUUGUAUUUUGUAAACCAAGAAAUCUACAACUCUAAUCACUUUUUAACUUUUUAGCCUUUUCUACACAGGCAAAAAUAUAAAAAAGAAUUUCACCAAGUUAGUAAAAA